UUCAACACUUGUUUAUUCAACUCUCCUAACUGAAAAAAUUCCAAAAAAAGAAUCAGUAUUGUCAUUGUCUCAGGAGAAGAUCAAGUUAUAGUCAUGGAAGUUACAAAGAAGUUGAAGCUAAAGAGUUUGAUAUCAAAGGUGCUAAAGGGUGUUCUUUUUUUGGAAAGAAGUAAAGCGUAUGCAAGAAGAUGUGAUUAUGUGAGAGUUAGAAGCAUUGGUGAUGAUGAUGAUAGUGAGAGUGAAGAAAGAGCAACAAGAGUGCCUGAAGGUUAUUUUGUUGUUGUAGCAAUGCAUGGUGAAGAAAGAAAGAGAUUUGUUCUUAGGUUGGAAUAUUUAAGAGAUGCUCGAUUCAUGAAACUGUUGGAGGAAGCUAAGGAAGAGUUUGGUUAUGAACAAGAGGGUGCUAUUGCUGUUCCUUGUAGGCCUCAAGAGCUUGAAAAGAUUAUAGAGAAUAGGCACAAUGCCACUUUGUAACACAUGGUAGUGCAAUACUAUUUGUUCUAUACUUUUUUUUCUUUAUAUACAUCAGUAUGAUUUUUGCAUAGGUAAGAUAUUUGAAACAGAAUAGUUUUACCUGAUGCUGAUUUGUAUAUUUCAUGUCUCAAACAUAUGGAUAAUUAAUGUGUUGUUAGUGAUUACUUUAACAUUCUUUGACAGUUAUAAUAGAAUUCUUUGUGAAAUUAAGGAGUGCAGUGUAAUUGGUUUGGUCUUAUGUCAUCACCUAUUUGAGAUGAAUGGAUGAAUUAGAAUUAGAAUGUUAAGAUAUGUAUGUAAUCAUUAUUCAUUUCAUUGAGUUAUAUACUACAU